AUGGAACUCAGCGACUUUCCGUUUGCUGAGGCAGACACAGACUUCCCACAGCAUGAUACAGUGCUGGACUACAUAACCUGCUAUGCGGCCGAGUUUGGGAUCAUUCAGCGUAUACGCUACAAUACGAUAGUGAAGCAGAUACAGUCGACGCCUGAUG